AUGUCGAAAGAUUUGUCAGUGCCACCUGAAAUCCCUAAAGAAGAUAGCAGACCCAAGUGGGAUAACAAGUUCCAGUAUAUUUUAAGCUGUAUCGGAUUUGCUGUCGGUUUGGGGAACGUGUGGCGAUUUCCAUACUUGUGUCAGAUACAUGGAGGCGGAGCAUUCCUGAUCCCAUACUUCAUCGCUCUUCUCUUCGAAGGAAUCCCACUGUUGCACCUUGAACUGGCCCUAGGACAGUGCAUGAGGAAAGGCAGCAUCAGUGCCUGGAACAGCAUCUCACCCUACCUCGGAGGAGUCGGGGUUGGUUCGUGGAUGGUGUCAGUUCUGGUGAGCUUAUACUACAACACAGUUUUAACCUGGGUGAUGUGGUAUCUCAUAAACUCCUUCCAGGAGCCUCUUCCUUGGAGCAUGUGUCCUCUAAAUGAAAACAGAACAGGGUUCAACGAAGAAUGUUACAGAAGUACAGCAGUCAAUUAUUUUUGGUACAGGAAAACUUUGAACAUAACACCCGAUGUCACUGAGAGUGGCACGUUACAGUGGUGGCUCGUUUUGUGCUUAGCAGCUUGCUGGGCAAUUGUCUACCUCUGCACCAUCCGAGGAAUUGAAACCACAGGAAAGGCAAUUUAUGUAACAGCAGUAUUCCCUUAUCUGGUCCUAACUAUAUUCCUUAUUCAUGGACUCACGCUACCAGGAGCCACUAAUGGUCUGGCUUACCUCUUCACCCCUAAUCUGAACACUCUGAAAAAUCCCAGUGUAUGGCUUGAUGCAGCUACCCAGAUUUUCUUCUCUCUCUCUUUGGCUUUUGGAGGGCUGAUUGCAUUCUCAAGCUACAAUUCACCAACAAAUGACUGUGAAAAGGAUGCUGUGACAGUAGCACUUGUGAACAGCAUGACAUCCCUCUACGCUUCCAUCCCAGUCUUUUCUGUUUUGGGGUUUAAAGCAACCACAGACUACUGGGACUGCUUGGACAGGAACAUUAUCAGUAUUAUCAAUGAAUUUGAUCUUCCGGAAGAAAGCAUCAUGCGAGAUAACUACACAGCCUGGAUUGGCCUCCUCAAUUCAUCACAUCCAGAAAAAAUUGCUGGACUCAAACUGAAAAGCUGUGACCUUCAGGAAUUUCUUGAUCAGAGUGUAUCAGGAACUGGCCUGGCUUUCAUCAUUUUCACUCAAGCCAUCAUUAUCAUGCCAGGCUCUCAGGCCUGGGCUGUCCUGUUUUUUGUAAUGCUGUUCUGCCUGGGCCUUUCCUCUAUGUUUGGGAACAUCGAGGGAGUCUUCACUCCUCUUCUAGAAGUUCAAAUUAUAUCUAAAUCAAUACGCAAAGAGGUAUUAUCUGGUAUAAUAUGUCUAAUUUCUUUCCUCAUUGCUCUGUGUUUUACGCUGGGUUCGGGGAGUUACUGGAUUGACAUUUUUGACAGCUAUGCAGGCACGGUGCCUCUUCUAGUCAUUGCUUUCUUUGAAGUGGUCGGGGUUGCAUAUGUCUAUAAAAUUAAAAGGUUCAGUAAAGAUGUGAAAUGCAUGACUGGACGAAAACCCAAUCUCUACUGGCAGAUCACAUGGAAGUUUAUUAGCCCUCUGCUCCUGCUAAUCGUCUUCCUCGCUUUUGUUACUCUUUGGAUACAGAAGCCAUCAAGUUAUGCAGCCUGGAACCCUAAAUAUGAAGGCUUCCCUAUGAAAGAGGAGAAAGUGUAUCCACCUUGGGUACUGGCCAUCUGUGUGCUGUUAGCUGUUCUUCCUUGUGUAUUUGUACCUCUGGUAGCAGUCUUCCAUCUGAUCAAACAAAUGUGCAGAAGUAAGGACUCAAGCUUUGUACAACCAGAAGUGUUUUCAUGUCAGGGGUCUAGUAUCAACUUUUCUCAUCCAAAAGAAUCAAUACCAAUUGUAUCUGUCUGCAAAAAAAAGUAG